UCGAUCGUUUAUUGUCAUUUUAACAAAUGACAUUUGUUUACUAUUGGGUGUUAUUCUAUUGCACUCGAAUCACCGCGUUGUUAUAAAGCAGGUUUUCGGUUUAACACAACAUAAUCCGCGCUGCUGCAGUGUUUCAGUGUCAGUGCGAGCGAGGAGGGCACGUGGUAGCUUUUUCUCAUUCAAUUUAUUUUACGCUCGAGAUAACUACUUCGAAUUACUAUUUAAAAAAGGUUAAGUAUAAUCAAUUACCUGUAGCCUAAUAUAUUUUGCAUAGCUAAAGCUGGGCUAGCAAAAUUGACAACACAUGUGCACCAACACAUCAGGUUUGCAUAGGUAUUAUAAAGCGUAUGGAUCUAUUUAUUCAACCGUUUUUAACAUUCAAUAUACUCAAAAGGAAACUUAACAUUAUUGCAACGAAAUUUGCGUUUACAUCCCCCGGUUCAUUUUUACAUCAAUAUAUUUUACUGUUUGAAGGAUUAUUGCGACCGUGGAGCAUACUGGCGUCGCAGCUACCUAAGAACAACAAUAAUAUUUCCUUUUUAAUUGUUCCACCAGUAAUUGUUGACGGUGCCGUUUUCGAACACAUAUUGUCAGGCUUUUGGAAUGCCCCGAUUGUCUUCCUCUGAAACACACGUGUUUUAAAUCAGCGUUUUAAUAUUAAAACACCAAAACAACAAGUUACGUUAAUAUUUUUCUGGAAGACUGUUGUAGUCGUAGCCUACAGCCAAUUGUCUGUUUAUUCAUUUGUUUGCUCAUGUAAACGCCAUGUUUCUAUUUGAUGGGCGUUUUUAUUCAAUCCUUUUAUUGCAACUUAAAAACACAAACUAUUCGAAACAGAAGGGUCGCGUGACAAGAAAAGGAAAGAGAAUAAAUCUGAAGAUGGUGUCUUUCUUGGGUCAUCGUUUACCUUGUCCUAUUAACAGCAGGGAAUGGACUCAUGGUGUACAAAGCCUCAAGAAUGCAACGGAUAUUGUCACACUGGAAAGGGCCACCAUGCAGGAGAGUGUGCAUCACCUUCAGCAAAAGAUAAGUAUGAAUUCAUCACUGUGCAGCUUAGAUGAAAAGGCUAUCGAGAUAAGCCAACUGAAACAAGACUUGGAGAUCAUCAAUAUAAGUAACAGUAAUGUAGCGAUAAAGUUGGAGAACCUCGCUCAAACACCAGGACAGGGCUACCAGGACCUAGAGGAAGCAAAGGAGACCCUGGCCUGCCAGGGUGGUACAGGUAUAAAAGGAGAGACUGGCCUCCCAGGGUUGAAUGGUAUUAAGGGAGAAAUUGGAAACCAAGGUCAAAAGGGUGUGAAAGGCGAUAUGGGAGAGACUGGACCAAGAGGACAAGCUGGAGGUCCUGGAUCAAAGGGAGACAAAGGAGAGCAUGGGCCCAACGGGUUAAGAGGAGAGACUGGUUCACCUGGGGAGAAAGGAGACGAUGGUGCUCCUGGUGAAAACAGGAAGGACGGUCUUCAGGGAGCACAAGGAGAGAAGGGAGAGAGGAAUUAACGGAGAUACAGGUCCAAAUGGAAACCCAGAGACCUCUGGAAUAAAAGGAGCCACUGGGCAAAAAGGAGAGAGAGGGGAAAAAGGUGAUGUGAUGCUUCAGUCUUCUACGUUUCUGAUCCAGGAUACAUGCUAAAGAUGCAGAUUGCUAUCACAACCCCUUAACUUGAAUCAAUCCAGGGAAGCUAAUCCUGUUCUGUUUCAGGAUAUUAUAAUAUCAACCAUUACUUAGCACAGUGUCGGACUGGCCAAAUGGAGCCCCUUGUUAGCUUGUUUUAGAUUGCAAGGGGCUGUGGGCACGAAAGGAACUAAAGGAGAAAGAGGAAUACAAGGACCGAAUGGAUAUACGGGUGUAAAAGGAGACAAAGGGAACCAAGGUGUUCAAGGACGUACAGG